AUGAAGCUCACGCCAGAGCUCCUCGCACGGAGCAACUCGUACAUCAACUCGCUCAAGGAUAGAGAGCUCGAUCUCAGAGGCCUCAAGAUCCCCGCCAUCGAGAACCUCGGCGUGACCAAGGACCAGAACGACACCAUCGACCUGACCGACAACGACAUCCGCUACCUGGGCAAUUUCCCGCUGCUGCAGCAGCUCAAGACGCUGCACCUCGCCAACAACCUCGUCGCGCGCAUCGACCCGCGCAUCGCCUUCACAAUACCGGCGCUGCAGAUGCUGACCCUGACCAACAACUCGCUCCAGGACCUCGGCGAGGUGGCCAGCCUCGCAAAGCUCCGCUCGCUCGAGUACCUCACGCUCAUGGGCAACCCCAUCGCGCGCGAGAAAAACUACCGCGAGUUUGUCGUGUGGAAGUGCCCGAGCGUGCGCGUCCUCGACUUCCGGCGCGUGCGGCAGCAGGAGCGCGAGCUGGCCAAGCAGCUCAUGGAGACGUCGGAUGGCCGACCGUCGGCGCUGGCGGCGUCGAUCCUGCGGCGCAGGGCAGGCAAGGCCGGCACCGCAGCGGCAGCGGCAGAAGCUGAGGGCGAGACCGUGGUCAAGGAGAGGACAUUCGAGCCGGGCAAGCUCAACGGCUCGGCGGGCAGGCUGCUGACGGCCGACGAGAGGAAAGCGAUCGAGGAGGCCAUCGAGAACAGCGAGAGCCUCGACGAGAUCCGCAGGCUCGAGGAGAAGCUGCGCAUGGGCCACACGAUUCGGCCAGAGGACCUCAAGAGCGGCAGCGCCAAGAGGGCGUCCGACGGGGUACCGGCGCAAGAGGCCAAGAAGGCGCGAGGGUCAGGGCCGAAAGGGGCCAAGGAAGAUGCAGGUGCAGAUGCAGAGGCAGAAGAGGAGGAGCAGGAGGAGGAGGAGAUGGAGGAGUCGUAG